AAGCAGUGACGUCAUUUCUUCCGCGUUGGCCUGUACGUGGCACCGAGGAGGAGCUGCGCUGAUACUCCGGUGUUUCUCCGCCUCUUCCCGCGGCUCUGAGCAGCUUCUCCCGGACCCUCCGGAUCUCUUUCUCCCCCCGCCGCUGAACCGGGACUUCUUUUAUCAACAAUGGGGCUGACGAUCUCGUCUUUGUUCUCCAAGUUCUUCGGGAAGAAGCAGAUGCGGAUCCUGAUGGUCGGUUUGGACGCAGCUGGAAAAACAACGAUCCUGUACAAACUGAAGCUCGGAGAGAUCGUUACCACCAUCCCAACUAUCGGGUUUAAUGUGGAGACGGUGGAGUACAAGAACAUCUGUUUCACAGUCUGGGACGUCGGCGGUCAGGACAAGAUCCGUCCUCUCUGGAGACACUACUUCCAGAACACACAGGGUCUGAUCUUCGUGGUGGACAGUAAUGACAGAGAGAGAGUAACAGAAUCAGCGGAGGAACUCUCCAAGAUG